AUGGUCAAAGCCAGACCGCAUCAACAUGAGCUUCUCGACGAAGACGAAGACGAAGAAUUAAACGACGAGAACUCGAUCAUCGUAGAUGUUCCACCUCCGAGAAGCAAGUCUCGGAAGCGCACAGUAUCUGACUUGAGCGGUGAGGUCAAAGUCAAGACGCCGAGUCCAAAGAAGAGAAAGGUCCUUCCGGUCCGUGGCAAAGAUGGAGACGAGGAGAAACUCCCAAGCACCAGACCUGUAGUCGAGAUACCCGCGAGAACGAUGAGUCCCCCAAGGGCUACGACAGGGACAAUUGAGGGUCAUGAAAGCGGCAGAAAGACCAACCAUCGUCGAUUUGACAGCGAAGAACCCGUCGAGGAGGUUUUUUCCACUACAAGGGAGCCUGCCGGAAAUGCCGAGGAUAGUCAAUCUGAAGAGCAUGAGGAUGAAGACAGUGAUGAUGAUGCUCCCGAAGCUGUUGGUAUGCAGGAGGCCGCCCAGACAAUCAGAGCAAGGGAGAAGGAUGCUGCAAAGGCGGUCAAAGAGCAAGCAGCGGCAUCUCGCCAGAAGCGAAAGGAGAGAGAAGAGACUCUGAGGAAGCAGGCGGAGUCUACAAAGAAACGUAAACCGAAGACUGAGGUGGAAAGGCUUGAGGAUCGAGUAAUCAUUACGAUCGAAUCGGACGACGAUGAGGACGAAAAAGUCCGUGCUGAUAUUGAAGCCAUCGACGACGAAGAUGAUGUUGCUCCACCUACGAGGAUCUCAAGACAUCGAGAUGUACCAGAUCUCUUACCUCUGGAAUUCCUGGAGGACGACGAUCCAAACGAAGUCAUAGCUGCUGAAGAGGCGCCGAGGAUAGCCCCAAGGAAGAAGAAGUUCAAGGAGCUUUUAGAGAAGGGACCCAAAGAUCGACGAGUUGGUAAAACAACGUAUCGUGUCACGAAGACUCAAAGCACGAACUUGGCACCAAAGGCAGCUCAUAAUGCUCGAUCUGUGAAGGAGUCGUGGCUUCAGGGAAGGUCUGGGAUGAAGAUUGAUUCUAACCGGAAACCAUUUUCAAAAGGGUUCUUCAAGAAGUAG